AGGAUUGUAGUAAGUACAUGCUGAAUUGGGAGCUUUUUGUGAUGGUUGAAUCAUAUGUGAGGGAUUUGACAGCAGCAUUGGGAAAGCAACUAUCUUUGAAAACAGAGAAAGAUGUUAGCCUUGACUUGGAUGGUGGAGUCUAUAUUGAUCUUGAGGGAGGUGCUUCAAAGCAGUGCUUCAAAGUAGUGCUUUGUUGGUAUAAUAUUGAUUUGGAAGCAUUACAGCAUGGAAGCAAUGGAGUCAACAUUGGCUGGCGUAUGAAGACCAGUAAAGGGAGAUUCUUUGAGGUCAAUGCAGCUGAUGGACAGGUGUGGGGUAUGGAGUUCAUCCAUGGAAAUAAGGAAGAUUUGAAUGAGCAAAUCAAGGAUACUAAUAUGGGGAAGUUUAUCAUGGGUAGAUGUAGUGAUCUUGAUGAAUGCUUCUCUAGCUCGAGGCUCAAAUCUACUCAUAUGGAAAAGCCUUAGAGUUAGGGGGAUAUAGGGAUAUAGUGGAUUCUAUAAGCAUCAAUAGAGAAGUUUCUACCUUUAAUAUAAAUGUUUCAGAGGGGCUAAGUCAAAGGCAAGAACUGCUUUUAAUACAAAGUUCUCAACUAA